GACUGCGCUACAUCCGCAACUAAGUUCUGAUUUUUAUUAUAAAAAAUCCUCUAAUCUGAGUCAAUUUCUUCUUUAACUAAUGCAGUCGCUCAGUAAAAGCGGAUGAUUUUUGAAUGAAUGGACCAGAGAGACUGUUAUCCUCGAUAAGAGCAGCUCUCGGUUAUUCUUUUGCACUUUCACCUACCAUACAGCAUUCAGCUGACAUGUGGGAAUGGCAGAUUUUGAGUCUCAUAGGCUCCAUCUCUCUAGUUCUUUUUCUCGUAGCUGUAUGUUAUAUUUUGUACUCUGGACUGACCACUGAAAUCCACAUCAGGACUGGUUUACCCCCGGUCAGGAGCAUCACUAUAGCCUAUAAAUACAAAGUGGGACCUUAUAAAGACUGUGGGUCGCUGUUCAGAGAGAGCUGCAGCAUUGGACCCAAGCUGCCAUGCAUAGGGAUCUUUUAUGAUGAUCCAAAGAAGGUGCCAGCACAGAAGUGUCGCUAUGCGGUGGGCAGUAUUUUGAGCGAGGAUGCACCCAAUGAGGAACAGCAGCAGCUGUAUGAGAAGCACGGCUUCCGGGUUUUCUCUUUCCCAGAGGUCACACAUGUCGUCACAGCAUCCUUCCCUCACCGAACCCCUCUCUCUAUUUUCCUGGGGGUGCAGAGGGUUUAUCCACAGCUUAACUGCUACAUCAAGGAAAGGAAGUUGUGCGCACAUCCAUUUCUAGAGAUCUACAAAGGGGGAAUGAUCCACUAUAUGGGUCCGCUGGCUCGGCAGGGUGAUUUCUAUGUUCCCGAAGUUAGAGAGGCCCAAAGAUGGCUAUUGGGAAAAGAGUCUGAAGAGGACGGGAGGACAGACAUCACAGGUGUUGACUCCCACAGCGAGUGCAGUUCUGUGAGCCGCCUGCCCCCCUCGGAAAGCCGAGACACCUCACCUGCCCCGUCCACCACGCGGACGCACUCACACGGAGACAGAGACCGAAACUGGGACUUCAACCAUGUGGAGAGAAGCGACACCUCCAGCGUUUCUUCCUUCGAGGAGCUGGACCUCGACUCAGACAGGACGGACAGGUGUGACCACACCCCUCCACCAAUCACAGGAAGCGGCAAAAACAACCUGCAGGGCCAAGACAGAGAGAUGAUGGUCGAGGAAGAGUGAGAGAGCAGAAUUGUGGGAAAUGUGAAGGAAGUCAAUAUAGUUUUUAGUUGGUUUUAAAGAGAUAGUUCACCAAAAAAUUGAUAUUGUCAUUGUUUUUGUUGUGCGGAAAACCAAAUCGCUUUUUGCACAAUCAUUACUUACUCUUGCCAACUUUCAAACUCCAAAAAGCAUCAUAAAAGUGGCCCAUAUGACUUGUUUGUUCUAUUCUAU